AUCAUGGACCCCCGCACCAGUGCCCAGGAUGUGAUGCGAUGUGACAAAUGUGAGAGUGCUGUAGUACAGGUGUACUGUGAUACAUGUCUUGUCAACCUGUGUAAGGCCUGUCUAGGAGAACAUGUUUUCGCUGAUCUCUCAAAACCUCAUAAAAUUGUUGACUUCAAGGACAGAAAAUCUACCCUCCUCUACUGUGGAUGUAAUUCCCAUAAUAAACAACAAUGUAUAAUGUACUGUAAUCAAUGUGACAUUCCUGUCUGCACUAAGUGCAUUGCAUCUGAUCAACAUCUAGGUCAUAAGGUAUCAGAAAUCUUGGAAGUUGUGGAUGAAAAAAAGAAUAAAUUAAUGGAAGAAAGCACUGAAUUAAAUGAGACAAUUUAUCCAACCUACCAGGACAUUGCUUCUGAUGUAAAAAACAGAAUAAAUAGGCUAGAAAAGGAAUAUAGAGAUCUCUCAACGGCCAUAACAAAACAUGGAGAGGACUGGCACAGAGAAAUUGACAAACUAGUCAAGAAACUGAAAGCUGAAGUUGAUGAGAUGAAAACGACACAGAUGGAAACUCUGCUGAAACAUCAGGAUGAAAUAAACAAGAAAAUUUCUGACAUCAAGGAUGAAAUAGAUUCGACUGAAAUGGCUACAGACACAAAUGACCUGUCAAAACUGUUGAGUGUCACAUCAAAUGUACAUGUCUACAGAAGUCUUCCACGCAAAAUUAUUUUAUCUUUACCCAAAUUCAUUCAAGGAGAAAUCCAUGGAGAAGAACUUAGUAAAUUGUUUGGAGCCUUAUCAUCAAGUUCUUUAACUUCAGAUGAACAUGGUUACAGCAUGAAGACACCACAGAAAUCACCAGAAGCUGAAUCCUUUCCUUCAGUCAAACAGCUGCUUGAUGAUCCAGAGACUGUCACCACCAUAGACACAGGGUAUAGAGAACUUCGCAAUGUGGCCUGUCUGAGUGAUGAAGAAAUCUGGACAAGAGGUAAAGACAACACCAUGAAACUCUUCUGCAUCAACCAGGGAUCACUACUCAAGUCAAUCAGAACUACAUCAGGGAACUGGCCAUCUAACAUAGCGGUGACAAAAAGUGGAGAUCUAGUUUAUACUGAUUAUGAUGAUAAAACUGUUAACAUCGUGAAAAAUGAGAAGAUAGAAGAGGUGAUCAGACUAGAGAACUGGAAACCUGAAGGUGUCUGUAGAACCUCCUCUAGUGAACUCCUGGUUAUCUUGCAUAGUAAUGAUAAUAAGCAAUCAAAAGUUGUCCGUUACUCUGGCUCAGAAGAAAAACAAACCAUUCAGUUUGAUGAUGAAGGUAAAGCUCUUUAUUCUUCUGGCUCUCUUUAUUACAGAUCCAUAACUGAGAACAAGAACCUAGAUAUCUGUGUGUCUGAUGGUGUAGCUAGAGCAGUAGUGGUGGUUAAUCAGGCUGGGAAACUGAGAUUCACGUACCCUGGACAUACUCCUGCUCCGAAGAACAAAAUGUUCAAUCCACGAGGAAUCACCACAGACAGCCAGAGUCACAUCCUUACAGCUGACGAUAAAAAUCUCUGUGUCCACAUCAUAGACCAGGAUGGACAUUUCCUCCAUUAUAUAGACUGUGGACUGAGUAGACCCCUGGGACUUUGCACAGAUACAAAUGACAAUCUUUUUGUCGCUCAGUGGACAAACAAACAAGUGAAGAAAAUCAAAUAUCUGCAGUGAAAUAUAAUUCCAACAACAUAGACUCAAAUAAAAGCAAACAUUUUUUUGCUGAAAUUUACCUUUAUAUUACUUCACUGAGGAAACUUAAUGUAAAUGACAAGUGUACCUAUGAAUAUCAAGGCAUUACAGAAACAAUUAUAUAUCUCUUUCUCCAUGGUUGGAGAACCCAAAGAACAAUUUACAAAAUUAGUGGCAGCG